AUGCCACGUGUAUUUCAGCUACCACCGUUAACAGGAGAACAUGUUGAUUGUAUUCUUGUUUAUAAUCAUGGUGAUAAUAAAAAAAAUGAUAAUGAACACAAUGAUAAUCGUAAUAAGAUGAAUCGAUCUGAACGAAGAAACAGAUUUGAAGACUAUCUUGUCAAAAAACAAGGUCUUAUGCUUCAGCAUGUGACAUCAACUACCGAUCAAACUGAAUAUGUUAAAGUUCAUGUACCAUUUGAAAUUCUUUUAUCAACUGCCGAAAAUAUACGUAUGAAAUUACCAAUUGAAAAAAUACUCCCAGAACAGCCUGAAAUUUCAACACAUAAUACAUCAUGUUGGUAUCGUUUUAGUCAUUGGUUAAAAAAACCCUUUCGUCUUGAUCCAUCAUUAAUAAACGAUGAUAUUGAUUAUUAUACAGCAAUAUAUUCAUCUAAUAUCGACAAAUUUGAACCUUUAUUUAAAGAGUUACGUGGUUCACGUGAUUUAUAUUUUACACCAAGUGAACGAAGUUUAUUAACAUAUGAAUUAUUAUCAAGAGCUCAUUGUGAUGGUGAUGGUAAUGUUGAUGUUGAUGAUGAUGAUGAUGAUGAUGAUGACUAUCCAAAAGAACCAGUAGCUAUACGAUCAGUUUUCAACACAGUUGAGGGGUUACGGAGUGGUUCAAGAAGACCUGGAAUUGCUCGAUUAAUAGCUAAAAAAGCAUAUGACAACUGUUUUCCUUUACAUGAGCCUUUGCGAGAUGAUGUGGCCAAUAUUGAUGAUAGUGAGUUAAAUGAUCGAGAAAAAUUAAAAAAACAUUGGGCAACAAUGAGUCAAUGUUUAAAAUUUCAACCAUUAUCUUUAAUUCGUUCUUAUAUGGGAGAAAAAAUGACAUUCUAUUUUGCACUUUCUGGUUUUUAUAAUCAAAUGCUUAUUCUACCAGCUUUCGUUGGUCUAAUUGUAUUUAUUUAUGGUGCAGCUAGUGUUGCUAGUGACGAACCAACAUCUGAUAUUUGUGGAAGUUAUGGAAACAGCACUUAUAUGUGUCCAAGAUGUGAUAAAACAUGUCCAUUUUGGAAAUUGAUUGAUAGUUGUGUUUAUUCAAAAGUUUCAUAUGUAUUUGAUAAUGUAUCAACGGUUGUUUUUGCUUUUUUGAUGUCUUUAUGGGCAAGAUGGUUUAUUGAACGUUGGAAACGUCGCGAAGCAGUUUUACGAUACGAUUGGGAUUCGAUUGAUUUCGAUGAAAAUCUUGAACCAAUUCGACCGGAAUUUGAAAAUGAAGCACAGAAGAUAGAUGAGAAGCAUAUUAAUCCUGUUACAAAUAUGUUGAUUGUAUGUGCAACUAUCUUUGCUAUAAUUGUUUAUCGUGUUCAAAUGGAUUAUAUUUUAAGAGAGACAUCAGUAAAACAAUAUUCAUCAAUUAUAAUAACUGUAACAAGUGCUAUUAUGAAUCUUAUUUGUUCAAUUCUAUUAUCUCAAUUUUAUUAUUGGGUUGCAAGAAAAUUAACAGAUCUUGAACUUCAUAAAUAUCAAUCGAAUUAUGAUGAUUCAUUAACAAUAAAAAUAUAUCUUUUUCAAUUCGUUAAUUUUUAUUCAUCAUUAUUUUAUAUAGCAUUUUUUAAAGGACGAUUUGAUGAGUAUCCAUCAAAAUAUGGUGAAUCAAGUUCAAAAGAUUUUACAGAACAGUGCGAUCCAGCUGGUUGUUUUGUUGAACUCGCUAUUCAGUUUUUAAUCAUUAUGACUGGUAAACAAAUCGUAAACAAUAUAUUAGAAUUCUUUUUUGCUAUCUGUGGUACUUGUGCAUGUGUAUGUUGCAAUCGUGAUAUAGACACAAAAAAAGAACAAUGGGAAAUAGAUAAAAAUUUAAACAAUUUUGAAUCAACCACAUUAAUAGAUGAAUAUCUUGAAUUAGUUAUUCAAUUCGGUUUUGUUACCUUAUUUGUCAUUGCUUUUCCAUUAGCACCAUUAUUUGCAUUGAUUAAUAAUUUAAUUGAAGUCCGUUUGGAUGCAUGGAAAUUUUUAUCUAAAUAUAAACGACCAAUUCCACAUAAAGCAUCUGAUAUUGGAAUUUGGGGUAAUAUUAUGUCAGCUGUAUCAUAUUUAGCUGUAUUAACUAAUGCCGUAGUGAUCGCUUGGACAUCGGAAUUUAUUCCAAAAAUGGCUUAUCGUUCUUUACAAUCAACAGGAACAAGUCUGAGUGGCUAUGUUAAUUGGACACUUUCAUCUUUUCCUAUAGCAGAUUAUAAUCUAACUGGUACAAUGCCAUCAGGUGUACCGUCUGGUUUGACAUACUGCCGUUAUCGAGAUUUUCGUGAAUCAACUGGCCCAUCUUAUUCUCACACAUCUGUAUAUUGGAAUGUAACUGCUGCUCGUCUUGUAUUCAUUAUUCUUUUUGAACAUAUUAUUUUUAUAUUUAUUUACUUAAUGCAAUGGCUUGUGCCGGAUGUACCAAAAAGCAUUCAAGAUAAAAUUGCUCAUGAACGUUAUAUUGAUCAACGUGAACGAUGGGCAAGUAACAAACGUGAAGAAAAUAUUAAAAAAACUGACCACAAUUCUCGAGAGACAUCAAAAACCAUCAAAAAUCUACCUUUUCCUAUUACAUACCCUGGAAAUAUUAAAUCUUCUGCUGAUGUUAAAUCGCCUGUCAAUGAUAAAUCGCCUGUCGAUGAUAAAUCUCCUGUUAAUGUUAAAUCUCCUACUACACUUUGCAACCAAUGUGGUUUAAUAACAUGGAAAGGUUGUGGUCAACAUAUUGCACAAGUACUAAGAGAUGUACCACUUAAAGAACGAUGUAUAUGUCUGAAAGAACCAAUUUUUAUCACAAAUCAAACACAAUCAGCAAAAUUUUUAAAGCCGAAUAAAUUGUAUUAA